UUACUUGCCCAAGGCAAAAAUCCGAAGAAAUUCGGGCCCAUUCCGCAUUCAAGUCGAUUGUUUUGGCAACGUCACUCGCUCGAUUCGUGCUCCUCGCAUCUUUGGACGAAAGUUUUGGCGAAAUUUCCUCAAAUUACGGAAGAAAUGGAUGCAAAACCUAAACAAUGUUCCGCUCGGGCGGCUUCUGUGUCGUUGUCAGAGUUCAAUUUUGGUCCAGUUAUCGUCGCUUUGCUCGUUUUAUUCUUCACUCUCUUGGCUUUGCUGAUUUUUAAACGUCGCCGCGCCGCAAGAACUGACGUACUUUUGGCUGGCGUCUGCGAUUCCGGUAAAACGCAAGUUUUUUCGCAACUGGUUUACUCGGAGCCGCGCGAAACGUACACGUCGAUGAAGGAAAAUGUCGAUAGAAUUGGUUUAAACAAGACCGUUUUCCGACUUGUGGAUGUUCCGGGUCACGAACGUGUCCGCCAGAAAUUUUUCGAUCAAUACAAGAAGACGGCGCGACUUUUGGUCUUUGUGGUUGACAGUGCAACGCUUCAAAAGGACAUUCGGGAUGUCGCUGACUACCUUUACACGAUCCUCGCUGAUAGUUCGGUGAGCUCAACACCCGUCGUUGUGGCAUGUAACAAGCAAGAUUUAGCUCUCGCCAAAGGAGCAACUGCCGUAAAAGGUCUUCUCGAGAAAGAAUUGAACCUUAUUCGAGUAACACGAACCAGCCAACUUCAAUCCGUGGACAAUUCCAACUCCGGGCAGGUCUUUUUGGGCAAGGAAGGCAAAGAUUUUGGGUUUUCUCAACUGUCGCAGCAAGUAGAGUUCGUUGAAUGCUCCGCCAAAGACGGAAAUCUGAAAGAAUUGGAAGAUUUAAUGAAAAAAUUGGUCUAGAUUUUAGGUUUUUUUCGUCAAUUUUGAACAAAUUCUUAAAAAAAAUAAAUUUUAACUCACA